AUGGUCAACACCAGCUACGGCACUCUCAGGGGAAAGGUGGAUUCUACACCUUCAGUUCCUGUGGCCAAGUUCUUGGGUAUUCGUUACGUUAAACCUCCAACAGGACCGCUACGCUUCAAAGCUCCGGUGAGUCCAGAUUCCUGGGAUAGUGUCAGAGACGCUCUUACAUUUGGGGACGAGUGCUUACAGGAAGAUAACCCUAAUUACCCUUUCCGGGCUGGAAACCGGCGUCCACCUAGAAGUGAGGACUGUUUGUUCCUUAACGUGUACUCACCCACACAGAGAAAUGGCCAGGUCCCACUGCCUGUGAUGGUGUGGAUACAUGGUGGGGGAUACCGAUUAGGGUCAGGUUCUCAAAUCGACGUCACGACUCUAGCGACUAAAGGAGUCGUUCUGGUGACCAUUAACUACAGACUGGGUGUUUUUGGGUUCUUGUCAACUGAAGACGACACACUGCCAGGGAACUACGGGAUGUUGGAUCAGAUUGCUGCACUCAAGUGGGUAAAGGAAAACAUUGCGUCUUUCGGUGGGGAUCCGAAUUUGGUGACUAUUUUUGGGGAAAGCGCUGGCUCAGCAAGUGUCUCUCUCCUCACUCUAUCUCCCCUAGCCAAAGGUCUGUUCCAGAGAGCAGUCAUGGAAAGUGGCGUUUCUCUUUCUCCUUGGGCAGUGGAGUUCCCAGGAAAUCGAGUGUCUUCUCGUAUGGCAGCCCGGCUGAUGGGUCAGGCCGUUAAGUGUGACGACUUGAAUAAUUCAACAGCGCUUUUGUCCUGCCUACAACAAGCCGAUGCAGUUAAGUUGCUAAACUCAUCCAAUGCAUUUAAUAACAUUAUAAGUCCAGUGGUGACAAUAUUUGGGCCUAGAGUAGAAACAACAUUUGGCUUCCUACCAGAAUUACCAUCUACACUACUUUCUAAAGGACAAAUUAACCACGUAGACACUCUCAGAGGAUUUACUAGUGAUGAAAUCGGAUUUUUGAUUCCUCUUUUCUCACGGAAUCCUCCUGUGAAAGUCACAGUGGAAGUGGCAAAACAAGUUCUUGGUGAACAGUUGUUCCAGUUUACCAAACGCGACCAAGGAAAGCUUCUUGAAUUAUUGGAGUCAACGUAUCUGACAGACACGUCAAGCAGUGAAGUCCUACAGAGAAAAGCUCUAGAUGCCAGAGACAAUUUUACAUUUGUUGGUCCAACAAUAAUGGAACUGAAUGACGUCGUGCGCGGAGUCCCAGAAAAGAAACAUUACUUGUACCAGUUCAAUCAUAGGCCAAGUUUCAGCAAAGCCCCACAGUGGAUGUCAGCCACGCAUGGCCAGGACUUGUAUUUCCUGUUUGACGUUCAACAGAAAAUGUUCACCGAUCAAGGCAAUGGUCCACCUGACGCUGACGACAUUCUGGUAUCUCAACAGAUGAUGGAAAUGUGGACCAACUUUGCCAAGACUGGGAACCCAACGUCAACAGUGCCCACUGGUGGAGUGACGUGGAGUCAGUACAUUAGCCCUACUGCACCACACUAUCUUCUCAUCAAUUCUACUUCUGAGUUAAAACUCUGGUCACAGUCUGAUGUCGUUGAUUUAACCCGCAAGGUUCUCGAGGUUUUAGAGUAA